AUCAUGCAUUGCCACACACACACACACACACACACACAUGCCAUGCAUCCAUCUGUCUAUAUCAUUUGCGGAAGGACAGACAGAGCUACUCAGUCUUAAGCCCGUUUACCACGAGGCACACUGAUAUGUACUGGAACCACCAGUCGGCCGCACCGUUGCCGCCCCAUAGCAUAAAUGGUCGCCGCACAAAUGCAUGCCGUCCAGGCCUCCGCCCCGAAAAUACAUAAUCAACAUUACUUGCUUUGCCCUCAAUGCAAUUCAGUAGCUCAAGCGAAUCGCCCUCAUCGUACUGGUCAUAAUACUAUCACAGCCACAGACAAACAGACAAAGAAAGGCCUCGAUAGCUGUGCUGAUGUUAUAAGAGGCUAACUUACCCGAGGGCUCCGCGCGUCAUCAAGAAAACUACGCCAGUUGCCAACGACUUCAUCUCUUUUCUCAGAGAUGACUUCUCCGUGCAUCUCAGGCUUGACCCUCUCCUUGCCAUCACCAAUUUCCUCCCAGUAAUGAUCACUUUCAAGCAU